AUGGUGGGCCAACCUCUCCUAAAGGCUGGCCUGCGUAAAUCAAUUGGAACGGGACAGACCACCCUAGUCUGGGUUGACCCAUGGAUUCCGACGACACUUGCGCGUCCUGCGAUACCUUGUGGCUCUUCUUUCAACCCCUCGCUGCGCGUUAGUGAUUUGAUCAACCCAACCACAAAGGAGUGGAACCCUGAACUCCUUCAAGAGCUGGUCGACCCUAAUGACAUCCCACUUAUUCGCAGCCUUAAGUUGAUGUGCUCUCCCCGUGCCAUUGGUUACUGCUGGAACCACACAACAACUGGAGUAUACUCGGUAAAAACCGGAUACGCCCUGGCCCUGGAAUUAUCAGAGCUUACAUGA